AUGCCUCAAACCCGACUUCAAGAAGUUCGAGGCGCACGACUUCUUCGCUCCGGCAAGACAAUUCGACCUCUCGUUCCACGAUCCAACUCCGACCGAAUCACGUCACCUCUCCUGUUGUCGACUUCGAAGCGUUUGUCCAAAAGGGGAAGACAUGAACCGUCUCAACUGUUGGCGGACGCUUUUGAAGAAAUCAUGGCAGAAUGUGACACCACAGAGUCGCCUCAACAUGCAGACAGCUUAGACAGCCCAAACGGCUCUAUCGUCUCAGACAGCUCUUUUCCCUCGGACAGCUCAGCAGCAGAUUCUAGCAUCGUCGCCACCGUCCAUAAUGUGGCAGAUCCUGAUACCAGAGCGCGGAGCCCAGGGGACUUGCCUUCUCUCGACUCUGAGGCCGUGGGACUUCCCUUCGAUGGACUCUGGGACCAUGACUCAGCCUACGACCGGAGACACUGUUACAACCAUGGAGAGUACGAGUAUCUAUUAGAUACUAAGGAUCGGUGGAUGCGCCCAAAGGAUUUUGUCCCGGCUAACGCCGUGACUGGGUCACAGGCUAAGGAGCUUGACGCCGAGAUCAAGUUGGAGAACCUCCACAGUAUGACUCUAUUCGAUCUUCAAGAUAGGAUAUCGGCCUUCGACCCGCGUGCACGGAAGUGUCAAGCAGAGUGCGGAGGCGCCCUUCUCUCUCAUGUGUAUGCUGUCAUCGGGAAAAAGGAACAGGCUGGUGUAACGCUCUAUCAGAUCAAAUGGAAAACUUGCUGGACCCCGAAAAGCAAAAUCAGUGAUGAAGCUUGGCUUCUGGGAUCCCUACAAGCAAACAAAGACCCGCGUCGCCGGCGUAGCCUGCGACAGAGAAACGACUUGAAAGAGCAGGAAUACCACCAGAAUGUGAUGCGGGUCAAGAAGCUACGCAAAGCCUAG